CGGGCACCUGGGACGGUCGCCCCCACGCGGGCGGAGCGCGCAGAGCCGAGACCCGCUGCCCCGUGGGAGGCUCCUCCAGCCCCAGGAUCCUGAGCUCUCCCGGCGGGGGCGCGACAGCCCAGCCCCUCCCGCCAGGCGCCCAGGAGCUGGUGGCUCCCCCUUGGUUCCCGCCCCAGGACGGCAAGCUCUGUGCGCUCCUCGGGCUGCCGGGGCGCUCCCUCCUCCCUUCCGCACUCUCCUCCCUCGUCCGUUUGCAGGGAGGUGCUCUCCUCGGGCCGCAGGGCAGGCGGGGUGAGUGCAGAGAAAACUGCCCGGGGAGACGGCCGUGGGAGUGCACAUGGAGGGUGAAAGGCCAGGGAGGUGCAGAGGGUGGUGGUGGAGGGAUGACAGGGACCUGCUGGAAAGUCGUGCCUACCCCGGUACCCCUUCGCAGGGAGGAAGCGCAACUCCCGGAGAACCCGGAGUAGGGUGCUGAGAAAGGCUCGGGGUUCCGAUCCAGGGAAAAGGGCUUCUCGCAGGGCCGUGACCCCGGGCUUCUGGACUAGGAGACUAGGAGGGGGCCUAGGGACGGCCUGGGUCUCCUUUGGGCUCCCCGCCCCCCAUGCCGGGUUACAUAAGGAGACAAACCCGCUCCUCUAGGUAACCAGCCCCUCCUAUCUGGCCCAGCCCAUUUUAGAAAGCUCUCUUCUGCUCUUCUCUCCAAGGAGACUGGGGAAACUGGGCCUGUGCCUGGACCGCUGGACCCUGGGGUGGUAGAACCAGGCUUUGCCUGGGUCAGUAGGAGGGGCUGGAAGGCGGGGAGACCUCAGCCCUUAAUUCUGCGGGGAUGGAUGGGCCAUCGUGGGGCUGGCGCUGGAGAAGCUGGUGGAUGGGGAAAGUCAGCUGACCCCUUGGGGCAGCCCCCCUUGCAGGUUGCCUGACCCUUGCCCAGUGUGCUGCCCUCCCUGCUGGCAUCCAGAACCUCCGCUAUGGCCUGACCACAAGUGCUUAGGGCACACGUGUUCAGGUCUGCCUCUCAAAAUGGUCUUGCAGACUGUGUGUGUGUGAAACCUGGCUUAAAUUUGAUGGGCUCUUGCCAGGGUCUUAGUUUGGGGACGCUGUGGUACCUGCCAAAGUGUCAGCAGUUCGAAUCCGCCAGGCGCUUCUUGGAAACUCUAUGGGGCAGUUCUGCCCUGUCCUGUAGGGUCGCUAUGAGUCGGAAUCAACUCGACGGCACUGCAUUUUGGUUUUUUUUUUUUUUUUUUUUUGUCCUAUAAGACCUUGAUAUGAACUGUGUUCACCUAUCAUUUCCCUUCCCCCCAGCCUCCCUCCCUGAGGGUUUUUAAAAACCCCUCCCAUUGCUUUCAUCUUUCCAACAAAUCUGGCUGCAGCUUGGAUGGACAGCUUAUCUUCCUUUGCAGGUUUCCAGGGGAGAGUUUAACGAGGUAUCAAGUGUAAGCAUGGCUCUGAUUUUAUACCAACCUGAGGACGGGGGAAGAGUAGCAAGAUCUAUUCUCGUGCCUCUGAGUGGUUGAGGUUUUGCCUCUUCUGUUCCCCAUCUACGCUGGCUCUGGUUCAGAGUGGCAGGCAGCUCCAGAAUCUUUCUGAAGAACUGGGUGCUGUGUGGUUUGAAGGACUGCUGCAAGGCAUGGGAGUGGAGGCCUCUGACUUUUCUCCUGGGCUGGUUGCAAUCACCUCCAGGGUGAUGUGUACAUAAGUGGUGACAUCGUCCACUAGGGAAGGGUUUGGACAAGGAAGUUGGUCUCCCCACUCAUUCACUGGCUAGCUUUUUCAGCCACCAGGGAAUGCUUCCCCUGUCUCCCUGCGCCUGUUGCUGUCUCCCCCCACCUGUUUGCAGGAUGUGUGGGCAUCUUUUCCAACCUGCAGAACCCUUGGCAGAAUGAGAAGGGCUGGGCUCCCCAGGCCUUGUUUGUCGUGGAGCUGCCGGUGUUGCAACGGGCUACUCUCUUGAGAGUAUCUCUGCUUCCAGCUCCACUCUGGAAAGGAAGGGGCCGACGCAGUCUAGGCUGGCCUGCUCUGUAUCCAUUCAGCCCCAGCUCACUUGAGCAAUCUGAGCCAGGGCUGAGGGCAAGUUACAUUCUUUUCUGCUUUUCUGCUGCAGGAUGCAGUUUGCUUUUUUUCCAUGUGAAUGGAUUAUGCUUGCAACCAAAAUGGGAGGAAGAGAAAAAUAGAGUGAGUGUGUAUGGCUGUGUGUGUGUGCAUACCUAUAUAGGCAGGGGGAGAGCAACAGGCACAUUAUUUUUCCAUUUUCCUUUAAUUAAGGCUCUGUGGAGGUGUGUUUGAAAACAGAGGGUCUCCUAUGCCUUUGAGGAGGGUGAGAACACUGUUUUGGCUGCAACCCGGGCCAUAUGCAGCGUAUGGUGGCCAAUGAAACUGGGCCUGGCUCUUCUGUUGCUUGUCUUGGCAGUCGGUUCCGUGGCUUGUGUUACCAGCUCUGGAACUUAAGGGCUGCCAAGCUUCAUGUGCCUGCGUGUAUGUGUGUGUGUGCAUGUGUGUGUGCACACGUGUGUAUGUACACUCUUGUGCAUGUGUGUGGUUUGGCCUCACGAAGGCUCAGCAGAGACAAAUGCCUUAGCGACCCAGGCUAGGAAUUUUCAGCCUGUUUCUUUAUACUCAAUGCUGGCUGUGGGAGGCCCGGCUAGAGCCCACCGUUCUUGGAGUUUUUUAGUCUAUUUUUUUGCUGCAGCCCAUGGGAUUCCAGCUCUGGAUCUCCAUUUCCAAACCCUUAGCUUGCAAGUGACUUUUUUUUUUUUUUUAAAGGGCUGAACCAUUUAUAAUACACUGUGUGUAUGUCUGUGCUGGGUGUUGUAUUAUAACUCUUGACACCAAGGAACAGAGAUGGGGUGAGGUGGGAGGAGAGGCUAGAACGCCUGCCCCAUAGCAGUAACUUCUUGCUUUUUCUGGCUGCCAGGGACAAGGAUCCCUGGCAGAAAUCACUUGAAUUGUAUUUAUUGAGCACCUACAUUAGGCAGAGGAGAAAGUGGUGUUCACAGGCAGGCCUUAUUGAAAGCAUCUCUCUGGUCUUCAGGGAAGAAUAGGAGCCCCCUGCGGGAGGGUUCCAGUGUCUGUGUAGCUGGGACAGUUACGUAGGGACCAUGCCUUCCAGUGUGCUGGUGGCUUCUCUUGGCCCUUCUGACCACUCAUUUUCUUCCUGUGAUGACCUGAAGAGUGACCCUUUCCACCAGUGCAGGGAAACAGUGGAUUGAAGGGCAGAGAAGAUGCUGGGCCUCCGCUAGAGGAGGCAGGGGUGGAAACCCAGUCAGUUGGAGGUGCCUUGUUUUCAGUGACCUGUGCAGCUGGGUUCUGGCCAGCAGGGUGGAGGAGACAGGAGACACGGAGGGAGAGAGCAGAUGCUGGGCCUCCUUUCUGCACCUCUGUACGCAGCUUGAAUGGAGCACCAUUUGUUUCUGUUCUUCCAUAUCUACCUGAAAUCAGGAUGGCCCUCCCGCUUUGGGAUUUAGAGCUGGAAAGGGGGAGAGCAGAGAAUCCUCUUCACGUCCAUAGGAAGGGGAGAUCGUUGUUAGAUGGAACAAUCCAGAAGGGACCUCGAAGGGUCAUCUAGCAUUUGUGCCCCUCCCGGAAAGCAAGCCCUCAUGGCCACAGGGACUUUGCAUUCACUCUGUGCAGGCACUGUUCCAGGUACUUUCCAAGCAUUAACUAAUUUAAUUCUCUCAGCAGCCACAUAGGGUAAACCAAAAAACCAAACCCGUUGCCAUCAAGUUGAUUCCAACUCAUAGCGACCCUAUAGGACAGAGUAGAACUGCCCCAUAGGAUUUCCAAGGAGCGGUUGGUGGAUUCAAACUGCUGACUUUUUGGUUAGCAGCUGAGCUCUUAAUCACUGCGCUGUGUAGGGUAAAUGCCAUUAUUGUUCUCACUUCACUGCUGAGGAAGGUGAGGCACAGAGGGGUUAGGGAACUUGCUCAGGGUCACAGAGCUAGGAAGGGGCAGAGCUAGGAUUCAAACUCAGACCAUCUCUCUUCAAAGCUCCCACCCUUAACCCACCAUAGCCUCCUGGCUGCAGAGUGUGGGAUGGCCAUCUGGAGAGAGGGUCUUUUGCUGCUUGCCCUUAUUCUCGGUCCUGGAACUUUCUCCAUCCCUUUGCUCCUCACCUUUUGGCUUUCCUUGUCCUUUGGAAGCUGGUUGACCUACAAUAUUGCAGAUUCUAGAAGUGAGUUCAUCCCAGAUGACCCGGUAGCUGCAAAAACAGGUUUGGUGUCUAAGGUCUCCAUCGCUUUGGAACAUAAAAACCAACCAACCAAACAAAAAAACCCAGUUGCCUUCAAGUCAAUUCUGACUCAUGGUAACCCCAUGUGUAUCAGAGUAGAACUGUUGUCUGUAGGGUUUUCAAUGGCUGAUCUUUCAGAAGUAGAUUGCCAGGUCUUUCUCCUGAGGCAUCUGGGUAGACUCAAACCACCAACCUUUUGGUUAGCUGCGGAGCGUGUUAACCAUUUGCACCACCCAGGGACUCCACCAACAGAGUCAGUACUGUUCUCUGUGGUCACUGACCUGGCACCUUUCUGCCCCACCCCCACCCUGUAUGUGCAUCCUGUUUCCUCCUGGAAAUCUUCCCAGGCUCUGUCUCCCAAGAUCUCUGACUCCCUCUUGCUGAUUCUCAGUUGCCAGCUGCCUGCCCUUGACUUCCAACCCUACUGUUGCUCUGCAGGCUUGACCCUGUGAACACCCCUUGCUCCUUGGUCUGCCUCACUCACUGUCACUUUCUCCAGCGUGGGGCUGUGCCACCUGUGGCCACUGCACCCACUUACACAGCUCUCCCUGGCUCCGAGGCCAGCCCAGGCCAGCUGCUUGUCUAAAGGGGAGCUAACCUUCUCAAAAGGGCCCAGAGAUUUUAUAACCGCCUUUAAAUCUUUGUUUCUAUGGACAGAAAUUUCAGGCUGCAGAUCAUGUUUCUUUUAACCUGUCUUUGCCAUUCUGGGUGACAGUGCUGAUUAUUUGACACUGUUUUAAUAAUAGCCCUUUACAUAUUUGACUCAUCAAAUCAAGACUGGUAUUUAUGAAUAGACAUUCCUAUUUUUUUUUUAAUGUUUUAAAGUAUCUUACAGAUCUACGUACAGUAAAUAAGUGAAGAAAAUAAGGGAGAAAAAAGUUCCUGCUGCCUUUUCUUCGAGCUGAAAUGACUCUUCAUGUUCGUGUUGCCCAGUAGGGCUCAUUUUUUGGACUUGAAAUAUUUUGAAAAUUCUCCUACUACGGUAUAUUUUUCUACAUGUACAACGCAGUGCCCUAAAUUGCGUGCCUUCAAGUUCCUGAGGAAGUCUGAGUAAGAGGUACAGAUACCAGAUCUUUCAUUCAGGCUCUUCCUUGGAUCAGUCUGGUCCCUGUUUCCUUUAAACUGGCAUGUAGGAAGCUGCAUCAAAUCACCCAUAAUCUUAGGUACACCACAGCUUAGGGUCCACUGUGACCCUCUGAUCCCUUUUCGCCUUAUUCAUACCCUGCUUGUCAGUCUCCAUCUUGGAUCUGGGCAUUACCCAGCUUCUCUUCACUGGCUAGCUUCCAGAUUAUUCCUGGUCAGUGUCCCAAAAUUUGCCAGUCUUUUUGGAUUCUAGGCCUGUCUUUUGAGGCACAAGCCCCAUUUCCAAUGUUGGUCUUCUGCCAACGUAUAGAACGUGCUCUUUAUUUAUGCAUCCCAGUUACUAAUGGAGACAUGAAGGGUGUUUAUCUGCCCUUUGGACCACUUGGGCCCUGAAGGGAAUAAAAAACUCUGGGUUCUUGUCCUAAAGCUUUUAGUGCACACUUCUCCUUUCCUACUAAAUUGUUUCCAUAUGGAACAACCAGAUUGAGGGAUGAUUUCACCUCUUGUCAUCUUUCCUAUGUCUUCCUUAAAGGACACAAAUUCCUCCUGGCUGUUCUUGCAUCCCUGCCCCCCGCCCCCCAUAGAUCCCUAAGUCAUGUCAAAUUAUUUUAUUUUUUCAAAUCACCAAACUUGCCUUUCAGCCUUAGAUCGUCAGCCAGUUCUCUGCAGCUAACGAGGAUCCAAUUAUGAAAGGCAGCCACUCCGACACCUCCCUCCGUCUUCUGCCCCCAUCCCUGAGACGUUUAGGAAGACUUCUUGCUGGCUGGACUGCCGCUCCUUCUGCUAUGAUGCCUGGGCAGAUCCCAGACCCUUCCGUGACUGCAGGCUCUCUGCCAGGGCUCGGCCCCCUGACUGGCCUUCCCGGCUCAGCUCUGACCACGGAGGAGCUGAAAUACGCAGAUAUCCGCAACAUCGGGGCCAUGAUCGCCCCCUUACACUUCCUGGAGGUGAAACUGGGCAAGAGGCCCCAACCCGUGAAAAGUGAGCUAGAUGAGGAAGAGGAACGGAGGAAAAGGCGCCGGGAGAAGAACAAGGUCGCAGCGGCCCGAUGCCGGAACAAGAAGAAGGAGCGGACGGAGUUUCUGCAGCGGGGCAAUAAAUACCGACCAGAAGGCAAAGAAGAAACAGAAAUGCAGCCUCCAAGACCUGCCAGUUUUUCUUUCAAAACAUCAGCUCCGUGUGUUACCGCCUUCAUCCUGACUGCCCCCAGUUUCGGUGCCUGCAAUGGCCUCUCUCAACUCCCUCCUCAGCUGGUUCACCUCCACUUUAUUUCACCCGAGCAUCACUGCCAGACCCAUCUCCCAAGCCCAUCCUUUUUAUCCAGAGCAGCUUCAUCUGGGGAGAGUCAUUGCAUCGACUUCAUAAGGUUAUUGUAAGGAUCAAAUAAGUCAAUACAUGUGACGUACAUUAAGCGUGGCUGGUACAUAGUCUUGCUCAGUAAGCGUGGCCUGUUGUCUUCUUCUCUUACUCCUCCCCCUUCCUUAUUAUUAACCGUCCUUCUCCACCUUCUUCACACUAUUCUCUUGCUUAUGGUUAAAGUGCAAAUUCCUUAAGCCUCCCUAACCCUUCAGCUUUUCCCAUAUCACUUCACUUAAUCCCCACAGUAAUCCUUUUUACAGAAGAGACAACUGAGGCUCAGAGAGGCUAAGAAACUUGCCCUAGACUAUAAGCUUUCCCAGAGCUACAGUCUGAAGCUACAGCUUUAGAACCUACUAUAUCCUUAAGUGAACUAUGGCUACAAGCUGGAAUAUAUAUAUUUUUAAGUCUCAUAAACACAUCUUAAGCUUUCCCAUGUCUGUGUCCUUGAUCACUUGGAGCUCCUUAUCUAAAAUUCCCUCCUUGACCUUCUCUACUCUACCAGAGUCAACCUGUCUUUCAAGCCCAAGACCAGGCCUCUCCACUUAGCCCUCUCAGAAGGUCUUCUAAGCCCUGGGCAGCUGCUAGUUGUUUUCUAAAUGCUGUCUUGCCAUGUGAAUUCUAUCUUCCCUUUGGACUUGAAGUCCAUGAGAGCCACAUUAGGGGUCCAUGGGCCUCUGGAUCUCUCCCCUACUCUGAGCACUGAUUGUACAAACCAGGGCCUCAGCAAAUUCUCAUGGAUGGAAAGAUGGAUGGAACUAAGACUCCUAAAAGCAGAGGAUCAGGAGAAUUCCAAGACGGAGCUAAACCUUUGGCUGUGGGGAACUGGAUGGCCAGAGGGUUUGUGAGAAGUUGCCAAGGUCACCCAACUAGUCAGACCCGGAGAGCAGGCAUCUCAGAUUAGCACCUAACUGCUCCAGGCUGAGGGGUCAUGGGCCUUGAUUGUGUCACGUGGGGCCUCUCCUGCCCUCAGAGAUGGACUCAUCUCAGAAUUCUCAUAACAGUGGGCCAGGCCAGUUUCCCCGUCAUGCCUCAGCCCAUUGAACUAAAAACUACCGUAGACGAUUUUUAACAUUUUCCCCCGAGCACUUUUUUCCUUUUUGAAGACUCAAAGCAGUUCUCUCUCUGCGUCAGGUCACGAGGACUGUACAUCUCAGCAGUUCCAAGUUCCUCAGGCCCCUCAUACUCCCACCUCAGAGAUGAGCACAAAGAACAAUUCAGUCAGACUGGCUGGUGUGAGGAAGGUAGCGCCACUGGGACAUGUGUGGGCUCCACCAAGGGCCCUGGAGGUUCAAGAGGGAGGCUGCUCAGCCUGUGCUCUACCAGGCAGAGAGCGUUCAUAGGGCCAAGCCAGUCCCAAGCUGUCCAGUUGUCAGACACACGGUUCCAAUCACAGCUUGUUCUGUCUGAAACAGGGUUUUCAAUAGUGGCACUGUUGACAUUUUGGACUAGAUAAUUCUUUGUCGUGGGGGCUGUCCUGUGUGUUACAGGAUGUUUAGCAGCACCCCUGACAUCUACCACUAGAUGCUAGUAAUACCCUCCCCUGAGCUGUGACAAUGAAAAAUGUCUCAGACAUUGUCAAAUGUCCCCUGGGGGGCAAAAUCACCCCCAAUUGAGAACCGCUGGUCUCAAACUUGGCUGGCCCUUGGAUUAAAAUCCAGCUCUCAAACGGGUUAUAAAUUCUUACAUGCAGCCCAGGAAAAAUCAUUCAAACGCUUUGCUAGUUUACCCUUUGAUCCUGAGGCUUGAACUGAUAUACCCACCACCCCUCCACACUGUGAACAUGUAACCACCCCCCAUUCACAUUUCAGCAUUCUUUCUUUUCC